AUGGCAUCUUACGGGCUGCUAAACCAAGCAGAAGAAGGUACAAUCUCGUCCUUUGGCGUUCGAAUGCAAUUUCUCCAGAAGAGUAACGAAGAAGAACGCGCACGCUACGGGACAGAGAAGGACCGCAUCCUCUCCACAAUGCACGACGUCCGAUCCAGCACCGCUGAACUUCGCACGCAGCUGGAAGAAGCACAGCGCGUAUUGGCUUUGCGCAAGAGCUACGAUGACCUGACCGACAAAAUUACGACCAACAGACUCCUGAAACCGCGCGAGGACCAGGAGUCUAAUUUGCAGAAAUUGCGCUCCGAGAUCGCGGAGCUAGAGAAGGAGAGCAAGGAUUACGCGAAAACUUGGUCCGAGCGUCGGGAACAAUUCGGUCGCAUCGUCGAAGAGGGUAUGCAAUUGCGCCGCUUGAUUCGCGAUGAGAAAGAAGAGGUCGAGCGCAGGGAGGGCAUGCAAGAGGGCGAAGACGGAGAUGAUGCCGAGGCAACAUCCAAGGGGAAGGCCAGCGCUGCUACAAGCCCUCAUCCAGACACCGACAAUGGAGCAACCCCGCAAACCAGCCAGGAUGAGUCUAGUCGGUUGCAGGUCGACAAGGGCUCAAUGCGAUCCGAAACCCCUCUCCGACAGGUGACCAGUGUUAGUGGGACUGCAGAAUCGACAGAGGAUGUGGAUGAUACCAAUAUGGAUGAGGGUGAAAUCGCUGGUGAAGACGAGGGGGAACACUCCGAUGAGCUCGAAGAGGGCGAGGAACUUGGGAUGACCACAUGA